UAAUAUCCACUUUAUUCUGUGCAAAGAGCAAAAAAUUCUUCUUUGCCAAGGAGAGGAAAUGGCAAUUACCAGCAAGCAAAAGGACCUAAAGAUUCUUCAACUUCAAAAACAAAUAUGACAGAUGGUACCACAGAGACUAAACGAACGGGAAAAACAGGGGACUGGUUUUCUUAAAUGUUUUCUUGGAGUCUUAAAAAUGGAGAUGACAGAAACAACAGGCAUGUCUCUGAAACGUGGGUCCGUGGCUGUGGAAGAUAAUGACAGUGUGGCCUCAGCUGAGGAGGCAAAAAGACAGAAGAUCUCUGAAUGCUGCCUAACCAAAGGUCAAGACCGGCUAGAGAAUGACUCUCUACCCAGCAGUGAAAAGGUACCCGGGCCACCUGAAGCUGUAAGUGCAGGAGAAGGUCGAAAGAAUUCGAAUGCUCAGUUGGAAGAAGAGGAAGAAGAGGAGGAAGAUGGCCUUUCAGAGGAGGGUGAGGAGGAGGAGGAAGUUGAAAGCUUUGCUGAUAUGAUGAAGCAUGGACUAACUGAACUUGACGUAGGCAUCACAAAGUUUGUAAGUUCUCAUCAAGGAUUCUCAGGAAUCUUAAAAGAAAGGUACUCUGACUUUGUUGUUCAUGAAAUAGGAAAAGAUGGACAAAUCAGCCACUUGGAUGACUUGUCUGUCCCAGUGGAUGACGAGGAUCCUUCAGAAGAUGUAUUUACGGUUUUGACAGCCGAAGAAAAGCAGCGUUUAGAAGAGCUCCAGCUUUUUAAAAAUAAAGAAACGAGUGUUGCCAUUGAGGUUGUCGAGGACACCAAAGAGAAAAGAACUGUCAUCCAUCAAGCUAUCAAAUCUCUAUUUCCGGGAUUAGAGACAAAAACAGAGGAUAGAGAAGGGAAGAAAUACAUUGUAGCCUACCAUGCAGCUGGAAAGAAGGCUUUGGCAAAGGUCAGAACUGCAGCAGAUCCAAGAAAACAUUCUUGGCCAAAAUCUAGGGGAAGUUACUGCCACUUUGUACUGUACAAAGAAAAUAAAGACACCAUGGAUGCCAUUAAUGUCCUGUCCAAAUAUUUAAGAGUCAAGCCAAACAUAUUCUCCUACAUGGGCACCAAAGACAAAAGGGCCAUAACCGUGCAAGAGAUCGCAGUUCUCAAAAUAACUGCACAGAGACUCGCCCACUUGAACAAGUGUUUGAUGAACUUUAAGCUUGGAAAUUUCAGCUAUCAGAAAAACCCUCUGAAAUUGGGAGAGCUUCAAGGGAAUCACUUCACUGUUGUUCUCAGAAAUAUAACAGGAACUAACGAUCAAGUACAGCAAGCCAUGAACUCUCUCAAGGAGAUUGGAUUUAUCAACUACUAUGGAAUGCAAAGGUUUGGAACUACAGCUGUUCCUACCUACCAAGUUGGAAGAGCAAUACUACAAAAUUCUUGGGCUGAAGUCAUGGACUUAAUAUUGAAACCCCGUUCUGGAGCCGAAAAGGGGUACUUGGUUAAAUGCAGGGAAGAAUGGGCGAAGACCAAGGACCCAGCUGCUGCCCUCAGAAAGCUACCUGUCAAAAGGUGUGUGGAAGGGCAGCUGCUUCGAGGACUUUCAAAAUAUGGAAUGAAGAAUAUAGUCUCUGCAUUUGGCAUAAUUCCACGAAAUAAUCGCUUGAUGUAUAUUCAUAGCUAUCAAAGCUAUGUGUGGAAUAACAUGGUGAGCAAGAGGAUAGAAGAAUAUGGGCUGAAACCUGUUCCAGGGGACCUUGUCCUUAAAGGAGCCACAGCCACCUAUAUUGAGGAAGGCGAUGUUAAUGAUUACUCCAUCCAUGAUGUGGUGAUGCCCUUGCCUGGUUUUGAUGUUAUCUAUCCAAAACAUAAAAUUAGUGAAGCCUACAGGGAAAUGCUCACAGCAGAUGAUCUUGAUAUUGACAACAUGAGACACAAAAUUCGAGAUUAUUCCUUAUCAGGAGCCUACCGGAAGAUCAUUAUUCGUCCUCAGAAUGUCAGCUGGGAAGUUGUUGCAUAUGAUGAUCCUAAAAUUCCACUCUUCAACACAGAUGUGGACAAUCUAGAAGGGAAACCACCACCAGUUUUUGCUUCUGAAGGCAAAUACAGAGCUCUGAAGAUGGAUUUUUCUCUUCCUCCUUCUACCUACGCUACCAUGGCCAUUCGAGAAGUGCUAAAAAUGGAUACAAGCAUCAAGAACCAGACCCAGCUGAAUACCACCUGGCUGCGCUAAGUCCUCUGUCCACAGAUAAGAAAAGGCAAAGUGUUUGCUGGCUUUGUGCUCAUUUGACCAACACAUGGAUUUUGGAUCUUCGUAGCAAAAGAUUAUUUGUAUUUUUUCAAGUUUUUAUUAGCUUAAAUAAUUCGCAGUGUUUGUACACAUGUACAAACCUUGAGAAUCCUAAUUCUAGCUCAGAAAAUAUAAAUUGGUCAGAAUAUAUUUCAGGUGCUUAAAUCAUAGCAAAAUGUCAGCUUGACUGGCUUUAUAAUUAUAAAAAAAAGUUUUGGUUGAAAGUAUCAAUUUUAGGUUAUGCUAUAUUCUUGAAAAAAACAGGAAUUUUUAAUGCAUCCAUGAAUGGAACAUAGCACCGUGCAUUUUAAGAGAAAAUGUUCCAAAGUAAUCUGUGGGUAAACAAAUAGAGCACACCCUCCUAUGAAUAUAUAAAACCUGUACUCUUGCUCAUUUAAAUGAAGAUAAAACAUCUAGAGGCUUAUCAGCACAAACUUGAUUAUCAUUAUCUAGCUCAUUAUCUAGCUUACCAGGUUCAGGUAAGUGUUUCUAGAUAUCUAGUUGUAAUAGCUUUUGCAUUUAUAUUAUCUUUGCCUAGCAAGAAAUCCACAUUGAUAGGGUCUUUUAUUCUUGAUGUUAAUAUGUGUAGCUAUUUUUACUAGCUAAGGUCUAAUUUUUACUCUAGGUGCCUUUUAUGUUCAAAAAUCUUUCCACUGGACUGAUAAUUGCCCAAAAGUAAGUAAAAAAGUACAGAAGAAAACUUUCAGUAUUUACAAGGGCUUCUCCCCUCAGCAGCAUUAGUUUGCCACUGUUCGCUUAGGUAGUUUCCAUCUCUGGCACGGCAUAAAACUUUUUCUGGUGUGAAAGGAUAAAUAUGCCUUUCCAAGGGUGUGUGACAUAAUUGUACCAGUUUUUAUUUUUUAUCAUUUCUAGACCAAAUACAAUAAAUAUUUUCUAA